AUGGUAGAUACGCGCAGUCACUCCUUUGGGGAAACCUCUCUAACCAGUCACAAACAUCCGUUGACUUCACACUCUCAAUCCGAGUCUUCCACAGACAGUGGGCCUAUCCAAUUGACUGAAUUUGCAACAAUCAAUUUGCCAUUCUUUGAAACACCUACUUCUCAAUCAUCAUUGUCAAGGAAGCCCAAGGCCCAACCUAUUCUAACACUCGUCCCCCGUUCCAAAGAAAAUCGGAACUCAUCACCCAAAAGAGGUCGCAGCAGAGUGAGAAACACUGGAAAUGCAGCAGUAGCAAGAAGCUCCUUCCGGAGUCCAAUCUCGCCUGAUAGAUUCAUCCCAAAGCGAGACUUCGUGGAACCAACAUCAACAACCUUUCAUGUGGCCAAGCAUCCUCAGCGUCUUUCGCCUCAAGAGAGACUACUUCGGCGACUUCCGCCCGGGGAUGAUCCAUUUUUAUCCUCAAGCCUGCGCGGGACUCAUGCUGCCAGCAGACCCCAGCAGUCAACUCGACUCCAACGGAUCCCACAUCAAAGGCCUCGUCUAGUCACUGAACCGAAUAUCACAGUCAACAAUUCUGCACAUGGAUCUUUGAGGCAAGUCAGCUCCGGGGCAGUCUGGAACGUUGGUGGAACUUCUGCCGUCCUUAGUAAUUCCGUUGUUGCGGCUCUUGAUGACACGCCGACUACUUUGACCAAUGGAUCAUCGAUUGCCCCAGUGUUUGUGGCUCGGUUCUUACCCAAGAAACCUAAAUACAGUGAACAAGAGAUCCAUGAGUCGAGGCUUGCACUUGCUUUGGGAAUUGACCCGACGACUAGACAGCUAGGUACUUGCAUGCGGUAUCUGGAUGCUCCCCUCAAUCCAGCAUCUCCAGACUUCGAACGCCUCUCUCCAUUUGUGUGGAAGGACAGUGCUUGGAAGAAAGUUGAAAAGGAGCGUUGGCCCAGAUCUCCUGCCAGAAAAGAAGUUGUUCCACCGAAGCCUUUUCGAAUCCUUGAUGCUCCCUUCCUUCGGGAUGAUUUUUACUGUAGUACUCUUGCAUACUCAACAACAUCUGGGAUACUGGCUGUGGGCCUAGGCCAUCAAGUAUAUCUCUGGUCUGAAGGUCAUGGAGUGGAUUAUCCCCCAUUUCCAGAUUUGCACCCCUCAAAUUAUGUGACCUCCCUGUCGUUUUCUUCCGAGGAUGGCGAGCGAAGCAUUCUUGCAGUGGCUCGGCGGUCUGGUCAGUUGUCUCUAUGGAGCACAUUCGAGAAGCAAGCCCGGUUUGAGAUCAGUCAUCCCAGUACCCUUACAUGCGUGUCGUUCAAACCGAGAACAUCACGACGACUUUCGGAACGGCUCAUGCAUGUGGAAGUCAACGUGGAAGAGAUUGUUGUUGGUGAUGACUUUGGAAAUAUAUGGUACUAUUCAGUCGAGUGGUCUGAGAAAAAAGCCCAAGCUAAGUGGAAAUGGAACGGGUCCAUGACGCUUCUUGCCAAAAUCAGUGCACACACCCAACAAAUAUGUGGACUGGCCUGGUCACCCGAUGAUAAGUACCUUGCCACUGGCGGUAAUGACAAUGUCUGCCUUCUCUUUGAACUGGCCGAGAUUGUUCCGCCACGGCAUUUGAAUCAUACAGUCGGAUCCAUUACGCCCCCGGAUUCCCCUAGCAGCUUCAGCCUCGGUGUAUUUCCAUACCUUGCUCUGGGCACCGCAACAAGACGGCUGUUUCUUAGACGACCUGCUCUCCCAUCAUGGCUUGCUGCUCCAAUUAAGCCUCCACCUGCAGCCGUGCUUUUAAACCAUGCAGGUACUCUAAUUUCCGGUGGUGGACGAACGAUUCUGGUUCCAUACGGCCGUCAGAAGCAUCGCCUAGUCCACUCUGCUGCGGUCAAAGCAAUUGCAUUUGCGCCAUGGCAGUCAUCUCUGCUCGCGACGGGGGGAGGUACCAACGACAGAGCUAUACACUUCUAUCACACCCGGAGCGGAGCCUGUCUCGCAACCAUCAACGUCUUCGCGCAGGUGACCAGUCUUAUAUGGAGCGAAACUCGACGUGAGAUCGCUGCCACUUUCGGUUAUGCACAGCCAGAUCACCCAUUUCGAGUCGCCGUCUUUGCCUGGCCCAGCUGCGCACAGGUGGCCGUUAUUCCCUGGGGGCCAUAUGGGACUACCUGGGAAGGUCCCGACACUCGAGUUAGCAACUUUGACUGCGGAAGAGCACUGUGGGCAGUGCGGUAUCCAGGGAAAGCCACUCGUUUCUCGGGCGUACAUUCCAGUAGACCUGAUAGUCAGUCAUCUUCAGCUUCGACCUCAUCAACCCAGGUUAGGUCUCCAGAACAAAGAGCCCAAGCCCGUGGCCGCAAGGUCGGCUCUCGGAUGUUCACCCCUAAGGAGAAAGAAGGUGGAAUGUGGUGCACACGAACAAAGGAGGAGGGAUGCAUUAUUGUAGCAUCUAGUGAUCAAACUGUGAAGUUCCAUGAGGUCUGGACUGGAAGGAGGACCAGCACUAGCUCUGCUUAUGGACUCUUUGGUGGAAGCGACAUUCUUGAGGGCCUCGAGGGCAUUGAGAAGUCUGGUGGUGAAGUCAUUCGUUAG